AAUUUAACAAUGGUUACUCGACACGACGGGAACUCUCCAUUCACUAGGGAUUCCUUUACAGAGAAUGGAGAAUGGGAAAUUGUCGAUAACCGUACAUUCAAGUACCAACAACACAUAUUUACCAUAAUCAACAAAACUUGCAGAUAUGCUACGGUAGUCUUCGAAUUACACCUCCGUCGACGAACCCUCUUUUUCAUGUAUAAUAUCAUUGCUCCGUGCGUGAUGCUAUCAAUUCUGACAGUUACACAGUUUAUGCUUCCAUCUGAAAGUGGCGAAAAGGUGACACUCGGUUUGACAGUGUUGCUCGCGUACUCCGUGUUCAGCUUUAAUAUCGCCGAAAGCAUGCCGGAAACAUCCGAGGUCAUCCCUCUGAUAGCGAUUUAUCUGAUGGCAAUUAUGGGCAUCUCUGCAUUGUCUGUUAGUUUCUCAGUAUUUGUGCUGAAUCUCCGACAUGGUGCUGAUUACUCUGAUAGGUAUGUGCACUAA